AAAUGUAUGGGUCUUGAAUUAUAUAUAUAUUAUAUACAAUAUUAGGUUGACGUGAAGGAUCCACAUCAUGAGCUGAAACAGCUAACAAAGAUCUGUCUGAUGGCUGACAUGACCCUAAUUUUGGCAUGGGACCAGGAAGAGGCGGGACGAAUCAUAGAAGUGUAUAAGAUGUUUGAGCACAAGCCACCUGACCUUAUAAUGGAAAAGCAGGAUGCUAAUCCUUAUUCUAUGCUUGUUGAUGCUCUCACAUCUGUGAGGUCCAUUAAUCGCACAGAUGCCAUGACCCUGUUGUCAACAUUUGGCUCAUUAGAGAAGAUCAUAGAAGCAACUGAAGAGGAGUUGUCAAUGUGUCCUGGAUUUGGACCUCAGAAGGCUACUCGGCUUCACAAGGUCUUACACCAAAACUUUAAAAAGCCUCAGUACCAGAAAAAGAAGCCAGACCGGCAGCCAGCAAGUAGUUCCUCAGACAAAGUAGCAUCACAAGUACCUGAGUCCUCUGUAGAAAAGAAUAGUUAAUAAAUGACCUGGAGUGUUUACUUGA